CACGUGUUUUACAAAGAAAUAAUUUUGAGGCGUUUGCAUCUUGGCUUUGUAGUUAGCCAGGCAGUUUAUUGUUUUAGGAAGAACUGUCUACAUUAUUGAUUUUUACUUUGAAAGUUGUCACUAUGUCAUCGUUUAGAAAGGCAUUGAAGUCCCAACAAAAAAAUCACAAAGAAAGAUCCCAGGUAAGGAUGAGAUAGUUGUUGCGUUAGCUAGCUACUACCGCUAGCUUCGUAACGUUAGUUUUCCAGGUAGCAAUGCUAUUGUUGUUUGUUCAGCUACAAAUGUGUAAAGUAUUGACUGGUGUGAUUGGUAGUUGUUGACAUGUAGGAUUAUGUUGCUAACUAGCUAAUGACAAUGUGCAUUUGGUACUGCAAUAACUAACGUUAUAGCUAACUAAUAAUCUGUUUCAUUUUGUGUCACAGCCUGGUUUCAGAAAACAUCUGGGACAUCUUGAAAAGAAAAAGGACUACAAACUUCGUGCAGAGUAAGUCCAUCUAAUUCAUGGAUAUUCAAAUAACACGUAUUCACCUUUGCUGAACUGUCACAUGAGCUACACUAGCGGGUCCACAUUCAGGUUUGAUUUGGUUGCCGAUUUUAUGCGCUUUGUUCUGACAUUUUCAGUGACUAUCACAAGAAACAGAACACCCUUGCUGCUUUGCGUAAAAAAGCCUUGGACAAGAACCCUGAUGAGUUCUAUUUCAAGAUGGUUAGCUCUCAGCUGAAGGUGAGUCACCACUUUUGGCAUGUUGCUUAGCCUGGUCCCAAUCUGUGCUGUCUUGUCAACUCCUCUGGUCAUUGUCUAGCCAAACACAAUGGAGCAAGACCGCACAGAUCUGGGACCAGAUUAUACAAGAGUAGCCUGGUUCCAGAUCUGUUUGUGCGCUUGUCAACUUCAUUGCUCAUUGUCAAGUGUGAUAAUCAGUUCGUAUAAUGGCACAAACAGACGGGCACUGAGGCUAAUACAAGAGCUAGCCUACAUAUGGUCAUUUCAAGUUUGACUGUUUUACCAUGUCCAUUUUUUAUCCUUGCUGGUAUGAGAAUGAAAGUAAAAUAUGAUAGACUAAUGGUUGUGCCAUUUCUGUCUGAUAAUAAAAUUCCCUCUCAUCUCUGGACCUAUUGUGUUCUGAAAGGAUGGAGUGCAUGUGGCGAAUAAGGCUAAAGGAACAGAGGAGGAGAAUACAGAGGAACAGAGGAAGGUGAUGAGGACACAGGACAUCAGAUAUGUAGAGAUGAAGCGAGUGGCUGAGGGCAAGGUAAGAGCUCAGUGUGGUGCCUUGUAAACUGGAAUAAACUGUUCCUUAUGUUCUUGAAUGGCCUUAUUUCCAUUUUAGCUGUAUGAAUAGAUAAAUGAAUGGGCUGUGAAUAUGUACAGUGUGAAAUUGUGAGGGAAUCUAUGCCAGUCAGCACAAAUAAGAGCCUAUGAAAAGCAAUUUAACAACAUCAACUGUUUUGUUUUCAUUUAUCCUGUGGAGUGCAACGUGCAGACUCAGUUGUCUUCUUGUACUCCCUCCGUUCAAUCACUGAAGUUGUCAAUGGUGGUAUACAGUGGUGGUGAAAGUGCAGGCUUAAGUGUUUUUUGAAUUGCCUUCAGAAAAUUGAGAGGUUGAAAUCGGAACUCCAUCUCUUGGACGCUGACGGCAAACAGAAAAACGGGCACACCUUCUUCAUGGACUCAAAGCAAGAAGGUAGAGGAAUACAUUAAUACAAACACCAAGCAAAGUAUAUACACACUGGGCGGUGUUAUUUUGUAGUAUUGCAUUGCUUUGGAUAUUUCAUACAGAAGGCCAUUAACUCCCACUUUCAUCAUACAUUUGACAUUCUUGUACACCUAGGAAUCAGGGCCCAUAUUCAUAAAGCGUCUAAGAGUAGGAGUGGCAAUCUAGGAUCAGGUCCCACUGUUCAUGUAAUGUAAUUCAUUACGAUGUAAAACUGAUCCUAGAUCAGCACUCUCAAUCUGAGACGCUUUAUGAAUAUAGGCCCAAUUAUUUUGAAGUUAAAGGAAAAAUGUCUGAUCUAGCGGCUGUAUUUCUGCCUGCUUGGACGGCAAAUAACUCAGAUACACAUGAAAACAUGAAAUUACCAAUAGAAUCGAUAGAACAUCGCUCAGAGAUGCACAAAUACGAUAUAACAUUCAAAAUGGGUGAAUCUUUCCUUUAUCUGACGACUGUUUUUAAAGACCAUCUGUAACUGACAGCCCUGAUAUCUCCUGGUUUUGUGUUCCACUACAGUAGCAGACUUUGACCUGGCCAGCCACCUGGACACAGCUCCUGAGCUGGUGGACAGAGUGUACAACCGGCCCACCCUCCAUACGCUGGAGAGCAAGACCAUCCAGGGCACCGUGGAGCCUCUCAGUAUAAAGGUCAGUCAGGACAGACCCUGUCCCUGUGUAGCCUAAUAGCCACACUGUUCCUCAACACUGGGUACAUUCGUUUUAGCUCGCCCAGGGUACUGGGUGGGUGGAGUUUGCACAUUUUAGACCAUUCCAUUCUCUCAUUCAAGGUGAUAAAGGUAACGUCCUCAACAUAGGAAUGACUAAUAUCAAUAUUCAGACUAUGGUGUCACUGCAGAAUAAUAAAAAGGAAGGUUCUAAGUAACAUCAUACCAACGUUUGCAGUAUGUUGACCACAGCCCCAUAUUGCACCUAGCAAAGGACUUCCACCACCUUCGGAACAGGUGUUGGGUUAAGAAUAAAAUUAUUGAAUUUGUGUUUAAAUGUCAAUGCCCCUGUGUUUUAAAUCAUAUUUGUUCACAUUUGUGUGAAUUUAAGAUUUUCACUUAUGAUAAUGCUAUACUUGCCCUAGACAUAGCUAGUGAUGGUGUGUGGUUAUUCAACUCUCUACACAGUAUUUCUCUGUGACAUGUAUUGAUGGUUGUGUAUGUUUUCUUCUCUGCAGAAGUUGGCCAAACAGAGGAGGCACCAGUAUAAGAUUCUGUCCCAGCGGAUUGACAGGGAGAAGAAGAUGUUUGUCAUUGGCCAGAAGAUCCAGACCCGCAAAGACCUACACGUGAGUAGGAGCCUAGGAGAUGACUACAAGCUACAUAAGCUUAAUGAUUCGCAAUGCUUAAGACGGUGGUUGGGAAAGACAUGGAUUUUCCCAUGAUAAUUGUAUUGAUGGGGUAUUUCUAGGUGCUUCACAUGUUAGCAAAGCCAAAGGUACAUUUCCCCCUUCUGGUGGACAAGUUGUGCGUAAUUCUUUUAAACUGUGUUCUGUUCUAUUCCAUCCGAUUCUAUCCACUGUCCAAAAGGGGCAUCUACUUCUAGAAAGAACAGCCUGCUUGUUAACUAUAUAGGAGGUUUCUUUGAUCCUCAUUGUGGUUGUGUGUCUCCCACAGAAUAAGAUGACACAUUAAAUAAUAGAAUGUUAAACAGUAUUACCAUCUCUAUGGUGUCUCCUCUCUGUCCAGGAUAAGAACAAGAAGGUGAAGGUGAGCAAAGAGACGGUCAAUGCCGCUGCCGUCUACAAGUUUGAAGCUAAGAGGAAGCGCUGAGAAAGAUAAACCCCUUUGAACAGGAAACGCAUCAUCAACCAGACAUUUCUGUGGCCUGUUAUACAAUCACCAGUCGGUCUCCAUCGGACAGUAAUGUGGACAUUGCGCAAUUCAUGUGGAUAUGGACAAGUGAAAUGGUCAAGGAAUACCCUCUCAAUUGUUGUUGGAGGCAUAGAUUGAUCUCUAUGGUUGCAGCAAUGCAGAGUUUUUGUACAUAUUUAUCAAAGGAUAUAAGUUUGAUUAUUGUAUGAAUAAAUUGUUUUGAGACAUUUCUAAAGCCUCAUUCUGGUGUAUAUAUAUGU